AUGCCUCGUGGACAAUACGUUGAGUCUUCUGACUACCGAUCUGGUAGCCGCAAGAAGAGCUCCGGACGAAGCUCGUACUCCUCUUCAUCCAGGUCGUGCACUUCCUCAGUCAGGCCAAACUACUGGCGAUGCUGCAAGUGCUCCGGCGGCUGGUACAGCUACCAGAUCAACGAUUCUUGCCCCAUGUGCCAGUCCUGGCGCUGCGACAACUGCGAAUACUCCAUGAGCUAG